AUGGUUGUGGCAGAUUUCAGUGACAAUGUGCUGAUCACUCAAUGGCCAAAGUACAUCUCCACUCUUCCAGGCUCUCCAGUGGAAAUGCACUGUUACCAGAAUGACACAAACUAUGACUACAAAUACUGGUACAGGCAAAUAAAAGGGGAUGCAAGAUGUGUGAAUAUUCAGCAGAAGUUGCACUUAUUGGCCAGCAAGAAUAACAGAGCAGAAAUUACAUGUAGCCACAAUGACAGUGGCAUGUUAAAUAUGUUUUGGUAUCAACAGAAGGAUACAGCCAUAGUCCUAAUUGGGUACAACUAUGCCAUGAGUGACCCCAACUAUGAGGAUGGAUUUAAAAAACGGUUUGAAAUUAAAAGAAAAGACACACUUAAUGGAGCUCUGAUAAUCCCUGAUCUCAGUUUAUCAGACUUUGCUGUCUAUUACUGUGCUGUUAGUGUGCACAGUGCCAUAUGCUACAAUUACUGCUUAUCUAAAACUCAAGAACACAGGAAACCAAAACAGUGGUGUAUGUGCUGUAGUAUUUCUGCUUUGUUACCUGAUGUUCUAACUUUCCACCCAUCACAAGAACAGAGGAGUCGAGGUGAGCUGUCCCUCAUUUCUAUGUCUCUUGGAAAAGAUAUAGUAGAAAUAGUUUCCCCAUUCGAAAACACAAAAUACUCAAUGACUCGUCCUGAGAUUAAAGAAUCUUCGUUGGAGAUUAAAAGUCUAGUAGAGGAGGACUCGGGUGUGUAUUUCUGCGCCUCAAGUAUUGGCUGUGCCAAUUAUCAAGCCUAUUUUGGCAAAGGCACGAAAUUAACAGUUCUUGAGCUUGGUAAGAAAGCCACUGGACCACAAAAUAUAACACUCCAAGAACUCUCCAAAAAGGAGAAAUGUAAGCUGCACGUCACUCUUGUGUGUGUGGUCCAGAACUUCUACCCAGAUCAUCUGAAAAUAAAAUGGAAAAUUGGAGGAACAGAAGUAACUAAAGGUGUGGCAACAGACAAUGAAGCCACCAAAAAUGGAAAUAAAAUGUUCGACAUGUCCAGCAGACUCAAAGUCUCUAGAGAGCAAUGGAACAAUGCAGAAAACACAUUCACCUGCACAUACACUUUCUUUGAUGGAAGUGUAUAUAUUACAGAUUUUCGCACAGUUAAAGGAACUGCAGUAAGCGGAUUUAACAGAGAUGAACACAUAAAAUCAGCACAGAUGAUAAAGCUGGGAUAUGGUGUGUUUAUUGCUAAGAGUGGACUGUACGGCCUUAUCAUCUUGGUAUUUGUAUGGAGAAAGGGUUCAGCUGGCAACUACGCAAAAGUAGAAUUUGGAGAAGGGACCAAACUGACAGUUCUGGCUGCAAAAAUCUCUAAGCCAAACGUCAAGGUCCUACCACCCUCUCCAAGAGAGAUCUGUUCCCAAAACAAGACAAAUAAAACUUCAACUUUGGUGUGUGUAGCCUCUGACUUUUAUCCUGAUCAUGUCCAUGUAACCUGGCAAGUGAAUGGCAAAGACAGAAACACCAAUGUGGCAACUGACAUUACAGCACAACAAGACCAGAGCACAUUACAGUACACUAUCACCAGCAGAAUGAAAGUUGAUGACGCAGACUGGAUGAACCCCAAAAAUAUCUUCACCUGCACUGUCUACUUCUACAAUGGAAUGCAAACCAUCAAUGUCCCACACAGCAUAAAAGGCCAAAAAGCUCAUAGAGGUAAGCUAAAUCCGAGGUCAUUGAACACGUUUGGCUUUGGCUACAUCCUGUUCCUCUCCAAGAGUGUGCUGUAUGCUCUGAUUAUGGCCGGUCUGGUGUGGAAACUCAAGUUUUCAAUAGACAGAAAACAGUUAUCAGAGGACUGAGAUAUCUUCUUCAUCAUCUUGGCCACUGAGAGACCAAAACAAGAUGCAAGACCAGUUCAGGAUGUUUAUUUGCUGUAUCUUAUAAGAUUCAUGCUUAUAAUUAUGUAACGGUGUUUGCGUUUAAGAUUGUAUGCCUUCAAAAUCACAUCUUACCGUUUUGUUCCUUUUUUAAAAGAAAAUAGUAAAAUUUGAGGAAAUCCCCCUAAAUCCUGAACACUUCCAUGUUUCUUUAGCACACAUAUUAAGUUUCAACUCAGAAACUGACUGGUUAAGCUAAAGCUAAAUGCAUUAAAAGGCAACUAACCAUAAGAAGCAUGUUUUAGGUAAAAUGCUAAAUUAGUUCUAGUUCUAAAAAUUUGUUUCCUGGAAUUUCAUAUUCUACCUUUAGCUAUGACUAAAAUAAUCUCUGUUUAAUUGAGUCCUUUGCUUUACGAGAAAGAGAGCAUAUUUGCAUCUGAUCUGCACAUUUGGAAAAUGUGGGUGUUUUAUCUCAGUUAUGUAAGAAUCUUCCAUUUAAACAAGAAAAAUAUGACUUUAUAUGACCCGUGACCUCUAAGAUUUCUAAGCCUUAACUAAGUACUGUAAAUGAAAAAAAAAAUGUUUCCCCAAUUUCCAGAAACAAGACAAAGUAAAAAGUACUGAGAACUGCAACUAAAUUUACAAUUGCAAAUAAUAACUGAAGACUCACAAAUAGAGACUUCACACCAACAAACUGAGCAUCUUCUUGUUAAAUCUUUUUUGUAAGAAGUUGUUGAGUGAAUUUUUUAGAUACACCCCCAUUCUUAUUUCUAAUAAUUAAAUAAAAAAUAUAUUGUAUUCUUUUUAAAACAAAAGACUAUUUGUUUUCUCCUUUUAUGUAAAAAAUUUAAAUAUUAUCCAGAAUAAUUUAAUUAGACUAGUUUUUCUACUUUAAAUGGCUAUAGAAGACUUUUAAUGUCACAGAGCAAACUGUUGUAGGUGAAAGCAGGAUGUGGUGUCAUUUCUUUGUGAACAGUGAGGAGGUGUUGUGCAGGAUGUGGUCAGAAUGCUCUGAAGAUGUUUGUGUUCAAUUCUGCAUCACACACACACCUGCUGCUGCUGCACUCAAGCCUCAGAGCUCACAUAUGUCUAGAAACAGAGCUGCUGCAUGGAAACUGGUGCAGGGCUGAUUCAUUUGUGGAGCAUGUUUGCAGGUUAUUGUAUCAGCAGUCUGUACCGCACACCCACACAUCUGUAUUGUUUUUCUGGAACAUGUUUAACUCAUGCAGUCCCACUGCUCAGUAAUAUGAAGCCUAGUACAUAAAAAUGCUGUUAUAAUUGGUAAAACCCCUUAUAUUCUCAAUCUUUGCAUAGGUUUCUUUAGAAGUUCUUAUAUAAAGAAAUGUGCC